AUGAGGAGAUAGAGUAAUAUCACCCUACCUAGUUGUACCUGUUACCACAUAUGUAUUUAACACAAAUUUUGUUGACAGGUUGACUCCGACUUUGAACGUGUCUCCACCCUUUGCUUCCUCUACUUAAUUAAAAUUCAAUCAUUCAUCUUUCUGUUCAAUUAUUUUCCUACUUCUAUCUUCUCGUUUUCCGGCAAAAAUGGCGGUGGAAGGAGGAGCAACCACGGGCUCGACGUUGGAAUACACCCCCACAUGGACAUUGGGGACGGUUUGCUUCAUGUUCAUCUUUCUCGGACUUGCAAUCGAGCAUUUAUUCCAUAUUGCCUCGCGUUGGCUUAAGGAACAUAGGAAAACUGCUUUAUAUGACGCAGUAGAGAAGCUCAAGGAAGUUUUGAUGCUUUUGGGCCUUAUGUCACUGAUACUUGUAGUGACUCAAAGAGAAAUCUCCAAAAUCUGCAUACCAAACAAAGUAGCAGAUUCAAUGCUUCCUUGUCACAAAAUCUCCGACAAAACGACACAACCAACCGAAGCAUACGGACCUCGUUAUGCCACCCCUCCCCAAUUCGAACCACGAGCCUCUGAAUACAACACGGGCCCACCUCAACGGAGACUCCUAGCUUCGGCUUCCGCCACAUCUAACUCAUCUGGUCAUUGUGCUUCAAAGGGUAUGACAUCUUUUAUAUCAGAACAAGGGGUAAACCAGCUGAACACCUUUAUAUGUGUUUUGGCUAUCAUGCAAAUAGUGUAUAGUGUUGCUACCAUGGGUUUGGGGAGUGCUAAGAUGAGGACUUGGAAAGCUUGGGAGAAAGAAACUCAAACACUUGAAUAUGUGGUGGAUAAUGAUCCUAACCGCUUUAGAUUUACAAGACAAACGACAUUUGGACAACGGCAUAUGAACGAUCCUAUCGACACGCCGAUUCUAUUGUGGACUAAAUGCUUCUUCCGACAAUUCUUUCAUUCAGUAGCUAAAAUCGACUAUUUCACUCUGCGUCAUGGCUUUAUUUCAGCUCAUUUAUCAACAAACAAUUCUUUCAAUUUCCGUAAGUACAUACAACGUUCCUUGGAAGAUGACUUCAAAGUUGUAGUCGGUGUAAGUCCUCUCAUGUGGUUUAUGUUUGUUAUUCUCAUGCUCGUUGAUGUUCAUGGUUGGCAUAUGUAUCUGUGGGUAUCUUUAGUUCCACUCGCUAUCGUUCUAGUCCUUGGAACCAAACUACAAGUGAUUGUGGCAAGGAUGGCGCUACAACUCAAGGAACAAAACAAAGUAAUCAUAGGAGUGCCCUUGGUUACGCCUAAUGACGAUCUCUUCUGGUUUAGCAACCCUCGAUUUGUCUUAACACUUGUGCACUACAUACUUUUUGUGAACGCUUUCGAGUUUGCGUUCUUCAUAUGGAUUACGUUACAAUUUGGGAUAAAUUCAUGCUUCCAUGAAAAUACAACGAUUGUUGUGACGAGGGUUAUAUUAGCGGUGGUGGUUCAAGUCAUCUGUAGUUACAUUACUCUUCCCCUCUAUGCUCUCGUGAUUCAGAUGGGUUCACAAUUCAAAAGUGCAGUGCUAGAAGAUCAAAUGAAGCUUAUGAUAAAGCAAUGGCACAGGAAGGUUAAAGAGAAACGUAAAAAAGCACAAUCCCCUCAUGACAGUCCAAUAUCAAACACAACUACUCUAAUGAACUCAAUCGAGAUUGUUCAGUCUCAUCGAACACCAACGCUUCAUCAGCUCACGCCUCGUAGCAUUGGGGAUACCAGUGAGAUCGUUGAAGAGACUGAACAAGAAUAACACGUAAAUAUUAUACGAAGUCUAAAAACUUCUAGCAUUAAUCAGUUAUUCAUUAAUUCUAUUGAAGAUUGUUAAAUUAAUUAUUAGAUUAUAGUCAUACUUAGUGGCUAUUUACCUAAACACUUAUCAGGUAAGCGCUUACAGGCAUAAGACAUCAUAUUCACUUACCUUGUUGUGUAACAUUCUCCACUAUUAAAAUGAAUUUGUUGGUA